AUGAACAACAUCAAGUCAUUUCUUAAUCAGCAUUUUAGUAUCAAGGAUCUUGGAAAGUUGAAAUACUUUUUGGGCAUCGAAGUUGCUCUCUCCAAUGAAGGCUUUAUGCUUAGCCAACACAAGUACGUUAUUGACAUUCUGAGGGACAAUGAAAUGUUGGGCUGCAAGCCUUGCUACAUAACUAUGGAACAAGGUUUUAGACUAAGACCGAUAGACAAGGACCCAUAUGCAGAUGAAGGGAGAUAUCAUCGCUUGUUAGGGAGACUAAAAUACCUCACGAUCACACGACUUGACAUCACUCAUGUGCUCAAUGUGCUGAGUCAAUUUAAUAGCUCUCCUCGCAAGAUACAUAUGGACAUAGCAGAAUGUUGCCUAAUGACAAGGAGGUCAUGUACGGGAUACUUUAUUAGCCUUGGUGGUUCUCCAAUUUCAUAG